AUGGAUAAGUUAAACAUGAUUUUAGAAAUUGGCAGAGCUAUUGACCCUGAAAUUUUAUUCAGACGUUUCCUUCCCAGCGUAGGUAACGCCAUCCGUUCGUUGGGGAGUGAAGGAUCUCAUUUCUUGAAAGUGAGGAAUGCAGCGCUCAUGAUUCAGCGGAAUUGGAGAGGACACAAUUGUCGAAGGAACUAUGAAGCUAUGAGAAUCGGCUUCCUGAGACUUCAAGCUCUCUACCGUUCCCGCAAACUCCACCGGCAGUACCACAUGGCUCGCCAGCGCAUCAUCGAAUUCCAGGCCAGGUGCCGCGGCUUCUUGGUGCGCCGUGCUUUCCGCCAUCGCCUAUGGGCGGUCUUCACCAUCCAGGCCUACGGACGUGGGAUGAUUGCCCGGCGGCUCUACAAACGGCUGAAGGGGGAGUAUUUCCGACGGCUGGAAGCUGAAAAACUACGCCUGCUGGAAGAGGAACGGCUGAGGAAGGAAAUGAGUGCAAAGAAAGCCAAGGAGGAAGCAGAAAAGAAACACCAAUUGCGCCUGGCCCAGCUGGCCCGAGAAGACGCGGAGAGAGAGAUCAAAGAGAAAGCGGAAACUCGCCGGAAGAAGGAACUCCUGCAGAAGAUGGAGAAGGCGCGGAACGAGCCCGUGAACGAUUCGGACAUGGUGGACAAAAUGUUUGGCUUCCUGGGAAUGACGGCAUUGUUGCCGGGCCAGGAAGGACAGGCACCCGAUGGCUUUGAGGAUCUCGAAAGAGUUGGAAGGGUGCUGGAAGAAGAUGACUUAGACAUGUCUCUCCCUCUGCCCGAGGAAGAAGAAGAGGACUUAUCGGAAUAUAAGUUUGCAAAAUUUGCUGCCACAUACUUCCAGGGCACAACCACGCACACGUAUAUCCGCCGGCCCCUGAAACAACCUCUGUUGUAUCACGAGGAUGAAGGAGACCAGCUGGCAGCCCUCGCGGUGUGGAUCACCAUUCUUCGCUUUAUGGGGGACCUUCCUGAGCCAAAAUAUCAUACCGCGAUGACCGACGGCAGCGAGAAGAUCCCGGUCAUGACCAAAAUUUACGAGACGCUGGGGAAGAAGUCCUACAAAAAGGAACUCCAGGCCCUUCAAAGUGAAGGAGAAAGCGCUCACCUAGAUGGCCAUAAGAAGAGCAGCGUGCGACAGAAAUUGGUCUCUUUAACCCUGAAGAAAAAAUCAAAGUUAACCGAAGAGGUGACCAAACGCCUUCACGAUGGCGAGUCCACCGUCCAGGGGAACAGCAUGCUGGAGGAUCGCCCAACGUCCAAUUUGGAGAAACUGCAUUUUAUCAUUGGGAACGGCAUCCUGAGGCCAACUUUAAGAGAUGAAAUCUACUGCCAAAUCUGCAAGCAGCUGACCCAAAAUCCUUCCAAGAACAGCCACGCCAGAGGAUGGAUCCUGGUGUCCUUAUGCGUGGGCUGUUUCUCCCCCUCUGAGAAAUUUGUCAAGUAUUUAAGGAAUUUCAUUAUCGGGGGUCCCCCUGGCUACGGCCCUUAUUGUGAAGAGAGGCUCAGAAGGACAUUUGUCAACGGGACCAGGACGCAGCCCCCAAGCUGGCUGGAGCUUCAGGCGACCAAAUCCAAGAAGCCCAUCAUGCUUCCGAUCACAUUUAUGGACGGCACCACCAAGACUUUGUUAACCGACUCGGCCACGACGGCCAAGGAGCUCUGCAACUCGUUGGCCGACAAGAUAAGCCUGAAGGACCAUUUUGGCUUCUCCCUGUACAUCGCGCUCUUUGACAAGGUCUCUUCCCUCGGAAGCGGCAGUGACCACGUCAUGGAUGCCAUCUCACAGUGCGAGCAGUUUGCCAAGGAGCAAGGUGCCCAGGAACGCAACGCUCCUUGGCGACUCUUCUUCCGAAAGGAAAUCUUCACCCCCUGGCACAACCCCACCGACGACUACGUCGCCACCAAUCUCAUUUACCAGCAGAUCGUCCGAGGGGUGAAGUUUGGGGAGUACCGUUGCGAUAAGGAAGAAGACAUGGCCGAAUUAGCCUCCCAGCAAUAUUACGUGGAUUAUGGAUCCGAAAUGAUCCUGGAGCGUCUCCUGAAUCUGAUCCCCUCCUACAUCCCUGACCGGGAGAUCACGCCUUCCAAAACGGUGGAGAAAUGGGCUCAGUUUAUCAUCGCGGCCCAUAAAAAGGGAAUAUAUACUCAGAAGAGGAUGGAUCCUAAGAGAGUUAAGGAAGAAGUGGUGGACUUCGCCCGUUUUAAAUGGCCGUUGUUGUUCUCCAGGUUCUACGAAGCCUUUAAGUUUUCAGGUCCCAGCCUUCCACAAAACGAACUGAUUGUAGCUGUGAACUGGACCGGGGUGUAUUUUGUAGAUGAACAAGAACAGGUCCUUCUGGAAUUUUCCUUCCCGGAGAUAACAGCUGUCUCCAGCAAUAGCGGAGGCAAACUCCAGGGACAGAGUUUCACCUUGGCGACCAUCAAAGGCGACGAGUACACCUUCACAUCCAACAACGCAGAGGACAUCCGUGACCUCGUGGUCACCUUCUUGGAAGGGCUGAGAAGAAGAUCGAAAUACGUGGUCACCCUGCAAGACAACCCAAAUCCAGCUGGCGAUGACUCCGGUUUCCUCAGUUUCCUGAAAGGAGAUUUGCUUAUUCUGGACCAGGACACAGGAGAAAACGUGAUGAAUUCUGGCUGGGCCAAUGGCGUCAACGAACGGACCAAGCAGAAGGGAGACUUCCCAACCGAUUCGGUCUAUGUCCUGCCCACGAUGACCACGCCUCCUCCGGACAUCGUGGCUUUGGUUACCAUGACUCCGAAUCAGAAACAAGAAGUGGUGAGGACAUCCCAGCUGGUGAUGAGUGACAGCGAAGAGAAGAUCAAGCCGUACACACUGGAAGAAUUCUCCUACAAUUAUUUUAGGCCUCCUCCCAAACACACCCUGAGCAGGGUGAUGAUCAGCAAAAACCGUGGGAAAGACAAGUUGUGGUCCUACACCAGGGAGCCGAUCAAACAGCCCUUGCUGAAGAAGGUCCUGAGCAGUGAAGAGCUGUCUCAAGAAGCCUGCAUGGCCUUCAUUGCCAUCCUGAAGUAUAUGGGCGAUUACCCCUCCAAACGGACCCGCUCAGUGAAUGAGCUGACAGAUCAAAUCUUCGAAGGGGCCUUGAAGGCGGAAGCCCUCCGAGACGAGAUUUACUCGCAGGUCCUGAAGCAACUGACCGACAACCACGUGAAGUACAGCGAAGAGAAAGGAUGGGAGCUGCUCUGGUUGUGCACGGGUCUCUUUGCGCCGAGCAACGUCCUGCUCCUUCACGUCCAGAGAUUCGUCCAGUCUCGGAAGCAUCACCCGCUCGCCAAUGACUGCCUUCAGAGGCUGCAGAAAGCGCUGAGGAACGGGUCCCGAAAAUACCCUCCCCAUUUGGUGGAAGUGGAGGCCAUUCAGCAUAAAACGACGCAGAUUUUCCAUAAAGUCUAUUUCCCGGAUGACACCGAUGAGGCUUUUGAAGUGGAAUCGGGCACGAAAGCCAAGGAUUUCUGUCAAAGCAUCUCCAAACGGCUCCUCUUGAAAUCAUCGGAGGGAUUCAGUCUUUUUAUCAAGAUUUCGGACAAGGUCAUCAGCGUCCCCGAAGGAGACUUCUUCUUUGACUUCGUCAGGCAUCUGACCGACUGGAUCAAGAAAGCGAGACCAGCAAAAGAUGGGCUUGUGCCUUCUCUCACCUACCAAGUGUUCUUCAUGAAGAAGCUGUGGACCAACACCAUGCCUGGGAAAGAUUCUAUGGCGGACUCCAUUUUCCAUUAUUAUCAGGAGUUACCAAAAUAUCUCCGGGGCUACCAUAAGUGCACGCGGGAAGAGGUCCUCCAGCUUGGAGCCCUGAUCUACAGGGUGAAAUUUGAAGAUGAUAAAUCCUGUUUUCCUAAUAUUCCGAAACUUCUCAAGGAUUUGGUGCCCGAACCGCUAAUUCGCCAGCUAUCACCGGACGACUGGAAAAGAUCCAUUGUGGCCUAUUUCAACAAACACGCGGGCAAAACGAGGGAAGAGGCGAAGUUGGCUUUCCUCAAGAUUAUAUUCCGGUGGCCCACCUUUGGAUCGGCCUUCUUCGAAGUGAAGCAAACCACUGAUCCAAAUUAUCCAGAACUGCUCCUCGUUGCCAUCAACAAACACGGCAUCAGCCUCAUUGACCGUAAAAGCAAGGACAUCCUCAUCACCCAUCCCUUCACGAAGAUCUCCAACUGGAGCAGCGGCAACACCUACUUCCACAUCACCAUCGGCAAUUUGGUGCGAGGGAGCAAGUUGCUGUGUGAGACCUCUCUGGGCUACAAGAUGGACGACUUGCUGACCUCUUACAUCAGCCAGAUGCUGACUGCCAUGAGUAAGCAGAGAGGCGUGAAAGGGAGCAAGUGAACUGAAACCACCCGCUGGCCGCCCCUCUGCCAGCUGAGGGCCGUGGGCUACCCUUGCAGCUGGGGCAAAUCUUUUGCGACCCACGUGUGGAAAAUGAGCCGGACGCCUUCCGAAAACCGGUCGGAUUCUGAGGACUCCGAGCCAACGUCCACUUCGAGCGAGGAUGAUUACUUGUGAGAGGAAAAAAACAAAACGAAACCCCCCAAACCAUCUAUCUUUGUUUCCCACCAGCGUGGAUAUUAUUAUUAUUUCCCUCUCAGCUUCUGGGAUAUCCACCUCUGCUUCUCUUUCGGACGUGAAACCAGAUUGAAAAAAGAAAAAUCUGCUUCUUAUUUUAGGGCCUAGGGAGAGGAACUUCCAGUUUGGAUCUUUUUGCAAACGAGAAAGAUGUGGAGGAAGCUAAAACUCUGCUAGAAAUGGAUAAAUCCAUUUAAAAAAAAUAUCUUCUGGGGUUUGUUGAUUUGUUUGUUUCCCGAGGGAAGAAAUCAAGUAAUCUUUUAAAGAGUGGGUUUGUGUGUGUGUAUGUGUUUUUAAAAGAAAGCUGUCAGAAAGACAGAAAAAAAGGAUAUUUUGCAACAAAAAAGGAGAAGAAAAACUGGCUGGACAGAGAGAUGAAGCUUUCGAUGUGCAAUAACUGAACUGAGGAUUUGGUUGGAGUCUCCUGCCUGAACAGGGGGGAUGGGCUAGAAGACCUUCAAGGUCCCUUCCAACUCUGUUAAAAUAUACAAGGAUGUAAGUCCUUUGCAUGGACAUCAAUUCAGGCCGCUAAGGACCAAGAGAGCUUCAUCCAGUCUUAGAUUAAUUACGUAGAACCGCAUUUCUCAAUCUCCGGAACUUUAAGAUAAGUGGAUUUCAUCUCCCAGAAGUUUUAUAGGGUCUCCUGCCUGAGCAGGGGGUUGGACUAGAAGACCUCCAAGGUCCCUUCCAACUCUGUCAUUCUGUUUUUCUCUGUCUUUAUUUAUCACAGCAAGGGGACUAUUCCAAGUUGACCUAAACUGACACCACUUUGAAUCAAAUUUCUGACAGAUCUGUCUCUU